UUUACGUUCAGUUUACGUUACGUCGUCUCGUGCGUUUGUUGAUUAUUGUUCGAGAUAGAGUCUCAUUUAUUGAUAGACAAUUAAAAGUAUCUGCACAGCAUGCCUAACAGUUCGAGUGCUAAAUUUCAAGAGGGGGAACGCGUUUUGUGCUUUCACGGACCAUUGAUUUACGAAGCUAAGUGUUUAAAAGUCAAUGCGACUGAGGAAAAAAAAAUUAAAUAUCUUAUACACUAUGCUGGAUGGAACAAAAAUUGGGAUGAAUGGGUUCCCGAAAGUAGAGUUUUAAAGUAUAAUGAUGGCAAUGUACAGCGUCAAAAAGAUGUUCAAAAAGCACACGAGACUCAACUCAUUGCUCAAAAAGCAAAAAAGUCUACUUCCACUCUUUGCAAAGUGAGUUUGAAAAAUCGUGAAAUUAAAGAUAAAGAAUCGGAAAGUAGAUGUAGUACCCCAACUCUUUCAAGUGACAAAGCCAGUACUAGAAUACAAAAAAAUAGCGGAUCCAUCACACCAACGUCAAAUGAUUCGUCUUCAGAUGGGCCAAAAAAAAAGCGAAGCCGAAUUGAUCCCACCAUCGAGACAGAAGAGCAGUUUUUGACAAAAGUUGAAAUCAGAGUCAAAAUCCCGCAUGAAUUGAAGCCGUGGCUUGUUGAUGACUGGGAUGCUCUAAGUAGGCAAAGAAAAUUGGCAAUAUUACCCGCUAGACACACGGUUGACAAAAUAUUAGAUGAUUAUGUCAAAUUGAAAACAUCGAGUAAAACCAACACCCCUAACAAAGAAAACGCUGUUUUGGAAGUGACAAAAGGGUUGCGUGAAUACUUCAACGUAAUGCUAGGAACUCAACUUUUGUACAGGUGGGAAAGACAACAAUAUGGAGAAAUUAUGAAUGAAAAACCAAACACACCAGCUAGCCAAAUAUAUGGAGCCUUCCAUUUAUUAAGACUGUUUGUUAAACUAGGAGGUAUGCUAGCAUACACUCCAUUGGAUGAAAAAAGUGUUCAGUUCCUUCUUACACAUAUUCAUGACUUCUUAAGGUUCCUUCAUAAAAACAGUAGCGACUAUUUCAGUCUUCAGGACUUUGGCGUGGCGCCUGCUGAGUACCAUCGAAAGUGCACUUGAACAGAA